GGGGAGGGGAGAGAGAGAGAGAGAGGAGAAGGGUGGCUAGCUAGAAAGGGAACGAAACUGCCAUUUUUCUGUUUGGUCCGCCAGUCGGUUGUUCGAAACCGAACAUUCAACACGUCUCGUCACAGCUUACAGCAGCUACUCUCUAUAUCUCUGACCGUCCCCUUAUCAUCGUUCCACAUUGCUGCUCCGUGCCGCCGUCGAUUCAGAACUCCGAUUGCUCGUUGCCUCCGUCGAUUCACAAACACAAACUGGGCCGAACCGCCGUCGAUUCAGAAUUCCGAUUGCUCGGUGUCGCCGUCGAUUCACAAACACAAACUGGGCCGAGCCGCCGUCGACUCUCAAACACGAAUCGACGUUUCCGUGCUCGGUGCCGCCGUUCCCGUGCAACACAAAUCGUCGCUACCCCUUUCCGCCGUCGAUUCCGCUUAAAGGGACAAUAUCUCUAGAAGCUCAUGGAAAAUCAUAUUUGCCCACAUUGUUUUAGAGGCUAGAGCCAUCUUGCUUGGAGGAAAGAGAGCCUCAAAUUCCUUUUGCGCCUGUUUGAUGACUGGCUCCGAGGUAACCAGGGCAGUUACAGAGGCUGGAAUGGUUGGAAGUAUCAGAAAACAUGAAGGGGAAACUGGGAAAUCUGUUGUAGAUGCUGCUGGUUCUCAUGGGAUUGAAGAAACCUCCCCUGAUUUGUUGAAGAAUACACCAUCAAACAUAAGUAAGUAUGCACAUGAGAUCCAGCAAUGCGAGGGUAGACAGAAGUAUCUUGCUCAGACAAGAAGUCCAUCCGACAGUGGAGAUGUUCGUUGGUAUUUUUGCAAAGUUCACUUGGCAGAGAAUGAGCUGGCUGCCUCAGUCCCUCGCACCGAAAUUGUAGGGAAAGGGGAUUACUUUCGAUUCGGCAUGAGGGACUCUCUUGCAAUAGAGGCAUCUUUUUUGCAGAUGCAUCUACAGAGAGAAGAAGAAUUGCUUUCUAGCUGGUGGAAGGAGUAUGCAGAGUGCAGUGAAGGUCCCAGGGGCCAUCCUAGUUCAAGUGCUAAAUCAAGGCCACAAUCAAAAGUUUCUUCUUUAGAGGGUGCACAAUCAAGCCAAUUGUUUGAUUUAGAAAAAGAGAGAGUUGGGGUCCCUGUGAAGGGAGGGUUGUAUGAGGUAGACUUGGUGAAGAGACAUUGCUUCCCUGUUUACUGGAAUGGAGAAAAUUGGCGUGUUUUAAGAGGUCACUGGUUUGCUCGUAAAGGGGGCCUGGAUUGGCUUCCACUCCGUGAAGAUGUUAGUGAACAGUUGGAGUUUGCUUAUCGUAGCAAGGUUUGGCGUCGGAGAGCAUUUCAGCCUUCAGGUCUUUUUGCAGCUCGAGUUGAUUUGCAAGGCUCUACCUUGGGACUGCAUGCUCUUUUUACUGGAGAAGAUGAUACAUGGGAGGCUUGGCUAAAUGUUGAUGCCUCUGGUUUUUCCAGUGUAAUCACUUUAGGAGGAAAUGGCAUUAUGUUGAGGCGUGGAUAUGCUGCAUCUCAAUCAUCAAAACCUACUCAGGAUGAAUUACGUCAGCAGAAGGAGGAAGAAAUGGAUGAUUAUUGUUCAGAGGUUCCAGUUCGGCAUUUAGUAUUUAUGGUUCAUGGUAUUGGUCAAAGGUUGGAGAAAUCAAAUUUAGUUGAUGAUGUGGGUAAUUUUCACCACAUCACUGCAAGUCUUGCUCAACAGCAUCUAACUUCAUAUCAGCGCGGCAAUCAAAGAGUGCUUUUCAUCCCAUGCCAGUGGAGGAGAGGCCUGAAGUUAAGCGGUGAGUCUGCAGUUGAACAAAUUACUCUGGAUGGUGUACGGGGCUUGCGUGUGAUGUUAAGUGCUACAGUUCAUGAUGUAUUGUAUUACAUGAGCCCAAUCUACUGCCAGGACAUCAUCAAUUCGGUCUCCAACCAACUAAACUGCUUAUACCUGAAGUUCCUGAAGAGAAAUCCUGGUUAUGAUGGAAAGGUUUCUUUGUAUGGUCACUCUCUGGGAAGUGUUCUCUCGUAUGAUAUUCUUUGCCAUCAAGAGAAUUUGUCCUCCCCGUUUCCAAUGGAGUGGAUGUACAAAGAACACAAUAAAAAUGAAGAAUCUUUCCCCAGUAUCAGCACCCAAUCUUCUGAAUUCCACUCUACAUCCAAUCAGGACAAGAAUGUCUCAACAAAUAAUGAAACUAAGAUCACGAUAAGUUCCUUUGAAGAAGUUAAUGCAAAUGAAAGACCUGCAUUGCAAGUACCAGAAAAUGAAAACAUGGAAGAUUCUUCUGUCACCCUAGAUUUAGCUGAACCUUCUGCAAUGGUUAUGAACCUGAAACAACCACCACUGGAGAAAGAUAGUGUGCAACAAGCCUCUGAUUCUAGGGGCAUGCUUUCUUACCAAAGCGACAGUCUUUGUGAAGCCUUAAGCAUGAACUUUGGAGUUCCAGAGGCCGAUUCAAUGAGAAUAUCUGAGGGAGUGUCUGACGGUGAUAAAGACAAAGCAAUCCAACUGAUGACAGAAGAGAUUAAUUCCCUAAAAGCGAGGAUCACAGAAUUGGAGUCUCAAUGUGGUAGUAAAGGAAAUGAGGUGAUUCCACCUACAACCAUUAUGAAUCAAUCUGUUCCUGAAAUCCCACCACCUGGACAAAGUGACAUGCAAAAGAGUUAUACUCCUUACAUUAAAUAUACUAAGUUAGAAUUCAAGGUAGAUACCUUUUUUGCAGUUGGAUCUCCCCUUGGUGUAUUUCUUGCCCUCCGCAAUAUUCGUAUUGGGACUGGUAAAGGCCAAGAAUAUUGGGAAGAAGAAAAUAUAACUGAGGAGAUCCCAGGUUGUCGACAAAUGUUCAACAUUUUUCAUCCAUUUGAUCCUGUGGCAUAUAGAGUUGAGCCACUAGUCUGUAAGGAAUACAUAAGUAGACGCCCAGUUAUUAUCCCCUACCACAAAGGUGGAAAACGGUUGCACAUUGGGUUCCAGGAAUUUACUGAAGAUUUAGCUUUACGGUCUCAGGCAAUAAAGGAUCAACUGAAGUCUGUAAGGGUCAAAGUGCUUACUCUAUGCGAAUCAUCAAGAAACAACGAUAACUUUGAUGAAACACCAGAAGAUACCCAAGCAAAAGAAGAGAGAUCAUAUGGUUCAAUUAUGAUGGAGAAAUUGACUGGUAGUGUGGAUGGACGAAUAGAUCACGUGCUUCAAAAUAAAACUUUUCAACAUCCAUACAUAUCAGCGAUUGGAUCACAUACAAACUAUUGGAGAGAUUAUGAUACAGCCCUUUUCAUACUGAAACACUUGUAUCGAGAUAUACCUCAAGAGCCUGAGCUGCUUGAAGAAACCAAAUAUAAAUCAAAAGACGAGAACGGUUCUAAAGGCUGGUCAAACCAGAGCGAGGCUAUGGACGAGAAACUCCCUCUAACAUUUGCUGACGCAGUUUUGGUAAGAAACUUCUCUAGGAGUGCAAGGAAGAUUGCGAAAAGGAGCUGAAGUUUUCUGAUCCAUUUGUUGUGCAAAUGUAAGUUUAGUUGGCCUCAAAGUUAAAGAUUGACUCCCAGCAGUAAAGUCAGCAGUGCAGUUACCAACUGCACCAUUCUUGUUUUGCAGUUAACAGGUUUAGUAAGUCCUGUCCUGAAGGAGACUGGCAUAUGUCAUGCAGUGCUCUAGGGAUGUAGAAUUUCAAGAGUUAAAAGAGAAAAAAGAAAAAAGACUUGAGCAACAGAAAUUUAAAUUUGUUGCUAAUAGAACAUAUGGCUCUUCGCCUUCCGCAUUGUACAUGAAAAGAAAAAAGCUAGCUAGAAGAAUGGUUUGUGAUAAAUUGCAUGAAUAGAAUUAAGGUUGCUGUGCAUUAUAAACAGUAUUAAAUUACAUUGGCCAGUGAGAUAUGUGAAUGGAAAAUGUUUCUUCGGAGUGGUAUAAAUUCUUAAA